GUGUCUGUGUGUGUGUGAGUGUGAGAGAGAGAAAGGCCGCUCUGUCCAGUAUUAGACGCCAGAUGACGCUCUUGUCUAACGGUCUCGCCCUUUUUAGCCCAGACCCUUACAUGAUUUCCAUACCGAGAAGUUAUCGGACACGUUUCCCUAUCUAUCAAUAACCUCCUGGGGAUCAAGCCAAUUUAUGACUGGCCAGGAGCUGCACGUGAUUCUAUUUAAACACCCCAUAUUUGGGCAUUACGCGUCGUAUCAAGAAAAAAAAGGAAAUGAUUUCCUCCACCUAUAAAUCGUGCUCUUUUUUUAGGGCAAGCCGAACGUCCUCUAGAAAUACAAAUAAAGCCCAAUAAACAAAUAAAACUUCUAAACAACUUAUGUACACUUUAUUAGCUGAUUCCGUCUCUGCCGUGACCGAGUGCUUUUUGUGAGUCUCUCCAAAGUUAUAUUGUUUUGGGAAAAGAAUGAGUUCAUACGUUGGAAAGUCUUUUUCUAAGCAAACGCAAGACGCCUCCUCUUGUAGAAUGCACACUUUUGGCAACUAUGGAGCUCACUCUGAGUUCCACGAGUCCAAUUACGCGUACGAAGGACUUGAUCUCGGCGGAUCGUUCAGUUCUCAGAUACCCUCCAACUCUUUGAAACGGGAGGCGAUAAACACAACCGACCGUGCAAGGAACAGUGCAGCAGUUCAGCGAACACAGUCCUGUUCUCUCGGCUCGCGUAGCUUUGUAGGCACUCACGGGUACAACCCCCUCAGUCACGGACUGUUGAGCCAAAAAGCCGAGGGGAAUAUGGAAGUUAUGGAGAAGCCCAGCGGCAAGAGCCGCACAGACGAUAUCAAAAUGGAGACUAAUUCAGCGAUAAAGCAACAAACCAACUUGACUCAGCGUCAGAACCAGUCGCAGGCGCAGAUAUAUCCGUGGAUGACAAAGCUACACAUGAGCCACGAAUCUGAUGGUAAAAGGUCACGAACCAGUUACACCCGGUACCAGACUCUGGAGUUGGAGAAAGAGUUCCAUUUCAACCGAUACCUCACACGUCGCAGACGUAUCGAGAUUGCCAAUAACCUCUGCUUGAACGAGCGCCAAAUUAAAAUUUGGUUCCAGAACCGUCGCAUGAAGUGGAAGAAGGACUCAAAGUUGAAAGUCAAAGGAGGACUAUAAUAACGUGGUGCACAGCUUCAGCUUGAAAAUAAAGGAAGUGUUAACUUGUACUGAAAUAACAAACUAUUUAAAAUAGUUUUUCUUGUUGACAACAGUUGAUGUCUUUCAUUUGUCUACAAUAUCAUGUUGUUAUGUGAAUAUGUCCAUAUUUUCAAUAUUAAUUAUUCGGGCUCCUUUUCCAGAGUGCUGGAGGUGCUUAUUUGAAUAAUGUAUGAGCUUAAACUUUUAUUUGAAUAUACUUUUACUACACUCACUUGUAUCAGUAACUUACAAUAUACCAAGGCCUGCAUCCAGUUAUGUUGACUUAAAUGUAGUUGCAAAUAAUGUGGUGCUUUGCUUAAACAUAAUCAACCUGCCCAUUGCAUUUUGAUGGGACUUGUCUUUUUAUUCAUUGUACUUUCUGUCUUAAAUACAACUAAAAUAUUCACACAAAGGUGGUAAACCGCACGCCAUGAUGAUAAUGCAACAACUGUAGUGUCAUAUUAAACGAUGUUUAUCAUGUUGUCUGUCAGCCAGCAGCCAAAUGGUAAUUUUCUCUUGAGGAUUAAGUCUUUUAAAAUACUGUGCAAUCAGAACAUUUUGCUCGUUUAUUGAAUGUUUUUGGGGCUAUUUCUUCAGAUAGGUACCUUGACUUUUGUUUCUAUACACUCUACUCUUGAGUAGCCUAUAGGGCAUGGCUUGUAAGGAGUGGUUUAUUGAUACCUCUCAUACCAAACAAGCUACACGACCUACUUUUGAGUGAACCGCAUAUGAUCCAUUAUUUCUGUUAUUACAACCGUUUGUUUCCAAAGUUUCACUGCUAAGCCACAUCGAUAAUUUUCCAGUCAGUAAUGUAUUAUUAAAAUAACAAGAUUUAAUUGUCAAUAGUGGCAAUAUAUCAGAACGUUUCGUUAGUUCUGGGUUAAAAGCCAUCUGUGUCCAAUAAAACGUCCAAUGUGGUAUCAUUGUAAAUAAACUUGUUGAAACGUAAAGAAUAUCCAGUUGUUAACAUUAUUAUUAUUAUUUGUAUUAUUAUUAUUAUUAUUUCGUUUUUUGUUUGCUAAAGCAACAGGAAGAAAACGAUGAAUCUUUCUUUACACAAUGCAUUUUUGCUCUGAAGGCCUGUUUGAUAACUCGUGCAGGAAGAAGAAAUCGUUCUGCGCGAAUCUUAAUAUGAUUUUGAUAAAUAUUCGUGCAUCCAUCGAGGACCAAGUCUGAAUUUGUUUACUUGCACUGAUGCGACAUGAUUGAACUUUAACGCUCUGGUCACUUAUUUACAGUAGCCCUUAAACGGAGGCACAUAAAACUUUAUGACCCCAAUAAACUUUUACAGCACUUCCUCUCACCCAUCAGACACUGACAACUGUUUCCUUUUUUAACAAAUCGGCGGAAGUUUACACAAACAUUUCAAAGUGACGUUUUGGUAAACAGAACCCUCAAAAACAAUAAGAUAGUUUUCACACUUAAUCAAAUACUGUCCAACUAAAUUUUGGAGAUAUGAAUUGCUUUUAGAGAAUGCAUUUGCAGUAGGCUAUGAUACAACUGCGUUAUUAAUCGUACCUCGUGUAAAGCACAUAAUUAAAUACGUUAAGAGUGAAUUGCUCAUGCUACGUUAUUGAUGAAAUUUGACAUUUAGAUAAUGAGACAUAUGAUGUUAGUCACCCUGUGUGCCGAAAUCACAUAAUCCAGGCCCGUGUCAAACAAAGGACACAAGAGCGAUGCCUGCGUGUAUAAAAUGCUGUUUCGACUGGUUUCCCCACCC